CCAAUUUCCGACAGGCUGCCACCACUCAGGCCGCACAAAACGCCGACGCAGCAAGAACAGUACGCAGCCGGCGCGUAGGAAUCAAGGAUCAAGGCGCCCCGCGCCACGGACGCGACCUCGUCACUCACUGGUUGCGUUCCCGCCCAGGUCCAGCCCAGCAGCAUGGGGAAGUCCGUAGUGAUAGUGAACACGAGCGCCGGGUCCAUGGGCGGCGGCCCGACGGGCGUGUGGUUGAGCGAGCUCGCCGACCCCUACUACGCCUUCCAGGCGGCCGGCCUCGAGGUGACCGUCGCGUCCGUCGCGGGCGGCGCCAUCCCCAUCGACGCCAACUCGAUGGGCGACCCCUACUUCGGCGACCAGGCGAAGAAGUUCAUGCACGACCAGAAAGCGGUCGGCGCGUUGACGCACUCCGUGAAGGUCGAAGCGAGCAUGGCGGACGCGUUCGACUGCGUCUACUUGGCCGGGGGCCACGGCUGCUGCGUCGAUUUUGUCGGAGGGGCUGCCAAGGAGCUGAAGGCCCUGGUCGAAGCCGCGUUUGCCAAGGGCAAGAUUGUAGCAGCUGAUUGCCACGGCCCCAUGGGCCUGCUCGAGUGCUCGGUCGGGGGCGCGCCGCUCGUGAAGGGCCUCGAGGUCACGGCCUUUACCAACAUCGAAGAAGAUCAAGCCGGCGCGACGGAGUGGGUCAAGGCCAGUGCAGGAAUUAAAUUUUGCGGCACCGCCUAGUGCGUCGGGUGCACCCGACAAUUCUUCACUACGUCAUUUCUCGGCGAUGACGCGGCCGUGCUGGCUCCGUCGAGCGGUGAGGAACCGGCAUCGCCACGCCAUCGAGCAGGCGUCGCGUCGAUGGCGUGGAGGUCAACGCGGCGAUUCAGGACGAACGCGCCGAAAAUUUAUACAGCGCCUCACUGGUUGAUUUGCGCACAGGUCAAGGCCAAUUCCGUGUUCAUGGAGGACGAGUUCGCCAAGCUCGGCGCGGUCUUCAAGAAGGGCGACCCCUGGACGUCGCACGUAUGCAAGGCGGGCAACCUCAUCACCGCCCAAAACCCCCAGUCCGCGGACGCGUGCGCCGCGGCGGUCAUCGAGGCCCUAGCCUAAGGCAAACACUCUUAGAACGGCAG